AUGGUUGAAGUUUAUUUUAACCUUGAUUCUGAAAAUGAAGAAGAAAAUUAUGAAGAGGUUUAUAUUACUUCAAGAGUAAUGGUCACUCUAUAUACUAUUAACAGGAAGGAUACUAAAGAGAAAA